AUGGAUCGACCCAAACUUCCUCCUUUACGUAUGGCGCUUCGUCAAUCUAUCGAAGAUUUCGAUCAUCACUCUCGUCAAUCUCGCCGCACUAUUGACUCGACGUCCACCGGAGGUCGUUCAGGUCUAUCAGCAUUACACAGUCCGGGGCGUCGCUCGGCAAUGCUGUCCAGCUAUUCUCCUUCGAGGCCAGGCGAUCUUUCUAUGUACUCCCUCGGCUCUUCGCCGUUGAGUUGUACUCAUGCUCACCUGGCGGCAUCUCGAAAUUCUGCAAUUUACGAGCCAUUGAACGUAAUUCAUCAGUCGCCGCAUGACACACAUGUCCUAAGUCCCUCACGCGGAGAGGAGCGAACAUCUAGUCAUUCUCAUAGCCAGCCUGUUUCAGCAAAUCCCUCUUACUUGUCAAUCCCCGAUAUGAACUUUCGAAGAAGAUCUAAUAGUGCUGUGGAUCUCACCUCGUACCAAGGAUUUCCUCCUGCGCAUAUCUCUGAGUACCAUACUAGGAAUGAUUUUAAGCAAGCCAGCCCCCAGACUCCUUUCUUGGAAGGCGGGCCGAAUUCUUCACCUGAAGGCCACCAUCACCGGCGUCAAAAUCGGCCGUCCGAUGGAAGCCUAGGUUCUUCUCGGAUUGACUAUACGAAUCCAAGGAGUCAAAAUUCACCUCUCUAUCAACUACACCAGAGCGUAGAUCAGUCUGAGUCAAUGAACUGGCCAGGAGGAAGGUCUCAGAUCCCAAGCUCUUCUGCACCCUUUCCUAGCCCAAUAAGCCAAAAUCAAAGCAACUUCACUGAUCCAGCACCCCCGCCUAAAUGGGUAUGUGACUACGUUGGGUGUGGAAAAACUUUCACCCGUGGCUUUAACUUGACACAGCAUAAAGCUGCAAUUCACAGAGAUGAAAGGAGAUUUGAAUGCGCUUAUUGUGCAGCUACAUUCUACCGCCGCAAUGAUUUGGCUCGUCAUGAGCGCUCACAUACCGGAGAAAGGCCGUAUAAAUGUGAAUGCGGCCAAAGCUUCACUAGGACUGACUUAUUGACUCGACAUAAACAUUAUGGUAAUUGUUCUUAUCAUAACCCUUGA